UGUUUGGUCAGCAGCCUGUUUCACGUACUGCUUCCCCUUCACCGACGUUCCCACAGAGGCCCUGGGAUACUCGGAAGCCAAAGUCAGACCGCCCGUGCCUGCCCCCCCAGAGCUCGGCGUGAUUGCUGUCUCUUGAAAUAUUAACUGAUCCUCCGCCGUGUGCUUUCGGUCAGUGGAAUGGCUCUCAGGCCAGAAGGCCCCCCAGGGAAGGAGCGCUAGCCCAGAGUCUGGGCACGGCUGCUAAAAACCAGCUGCAGACACCGGUGGGUCUCUGCUUGCUUUGCCUGUUAACGAAGGUCUAAGACCCCUCCCGGGGGCGGUGGCAAGCCAGCUCCUGCGGCGGGUGCCGGCCGAAGGCCUGGGCUGCCGGACUCUGACAACGCAGCAGUGACAGGGGGGCGCCUCCUGCAGGUGAGAGCCUCCAAUCAGCCGUCACACCCCCGCUGCUGUCCACCCUUUACCUCCACGGUGCUGACCGCUUCAGAGGAGGGCUCCAACCACCUUUGUGCCCAUCAAAGUGCCUUGAGAAAUCCAUCAAGCACUGCCCUACGUAAGGGGCUCUGAUGGGUUCUGAUGGGCCACAGGGGUCCUGUGGGCCCAUGGCGCUGUGGCUCACCCCUCUGUGGAGAGGCAGGGGCAGAUAAAGGCCAGGCACCUUCCAGUGGAGGGUGUCAUGGGCAGGAAUCUGAACACUAGGUCAGCACGCCCAGGGGAGGAAAUGAGGGCGUGGUCAGGCGGCCAGCAGUCAGCUGGCAGAGGUGCAGGGCCCGGGAGUGGCAUUGUGCCACUGUGGGGGGCAUUGUGCACUGGCAUCUGGGAAGGAGAGGGCAGUGGUCUUUGUGAGCCCACCCUCGCCCCCACUCCCCGUCCCUGCCCAACGCGGUUCCGUGGGGCCUUUCAAGGAGAAGCCGGCUGCUCCUCCCUCAGGAGGCAGCAGCCCUCCAUGGUGUGUUUCCAGAACCUUCAGCCUCACGAGCUGGAGUAAAGGCUGUCCUGAAGGAGGGAGGAGACCGUGGCAGCUGGAGUGGAGGCAGCCCUCACGAUGGAGCCCCCCACCCUGAGGAAAGCCGGCUCCAAGCAGGAGGAGGCCUUUGGGGUGCAGCCCCGGAGGGUCGCUGACCUGGGCACGGUCCCCAGUCUCCGGCGCAGCAACAGCAGCCUGCGCAAGGUCAGGAGGUCCCAGAACCUCUUUGGCAACAGUGAGAAGCAAGAAAAUCUCAGUUCGUGGAUCCCCGAAAAUAUCAAGAAGAAGGAAUGCAUAUACUUUGUGGAGAGCCCCAAACUGUCUGACGCUGGGAAGGUGGUGUGUGAGUGCGGCUACACACGCCAGCAGCACUUGGAGGAGGCUACCAGGCCCCACACUUGGCAGGGCAAGGAUUGGGACCCAAAAAAGCAUGUCCAGGAGAUGCCAACGGACGCCUUUGGUGACAUUGUUUUCACGGGCCUGGGCCAGAAGGUGGGGAAGUACGUUCGCCUCUCCCAGGACACGCCCCCCAGCGUGAUCUACCACCUGAUGACCCAGUAUUGGGGCCUGGACGUCCCCAACCUCCUCAUCUCAGUGACAGGCGGGGCCAAGGACUUCAACAUGAAGCCCAGGCUGAAGAGUGUCUUCCGAAGAGGCCUGGUCAAGGUGGCCCAGACCACAGGGGCCUGGAUCAUCACCGGCGGCUCCCACACGGGUGUGAUGAAACAGGUGGGCGAGGCGGUGCGUGACUUCACGCUGAGCAGCAGCCACAACGAAGGAGAAGUCGUCACCGUCGGAGUGGCCACGUGGGGCACCGUGCACAACCGUGAAGACCUGAUCCACCCCUCGGGCGGCUUUCCUGCCGAGUACGUCAUGGACGAGGAAAGCCAAGGGCACCUGACCUGCCUGGACAGUAACCACUCCCACUUCAUCCUUGUGGACGACGGGACCCACGGCCGCUACGGGGUCGAGAUUCCCCUGAGGACGAGGCUGGAGAAGUUCAUAUCAGAGCAGACAAAGGAAAGAGGAGGAGUGGCCAUCAAGAUCCCCAUAGUCUGUGUGGUGCUGGAGGGGGGGCCCGGCACACUGCACACCAUCUAUAACGCCAUCACCAACGGCACCCCCUGCGUGGUGGUGGAGGGCUCGGGCCGCGUGGCCGACGUCAUCGCCCAGGUGGCCGGCCUGCCCAUAUCUGAGGUCACCAUCUCCCGGAUCCAGCAGAAGCUGAGUGUGUUCUUCCAGGAGGUGUUUGAGACCCUCACUGAGAGCAGGAUUGCGGAAUGGACCAAGAAGAUCCAAGACAUCGUGCGGAGGCGGCAGCUGCUGACCAUCUUCCGGGAAGGCAAGGAUGGCCAGCAGGACGUGGACGUGGCCAUCCUGCAGGCCUUGCUGAAAGCCUCUCGGAGCCAUGACCACUUUGGCCACGAGAACUGGGACCACCAGCUGAAGUUAGCGGUGGCGUGGAACCGCGUGGACAUCGCCCGGAGCGAGAUCUUCACUGACGAGCGGCAGUGGAAGCCUUCAGAGCUGCACCCCGUGAUGACGGCCGCCCUCAUCUCCAACAAGCCCGAGUUCGUGAAGCUCUUCCUGGAGAACGGGGUGCAGCUGAAGGAGUUGGUCACGUGGGACACCCUGCUGUACCUGUACCAGAACCUGGACCCCUCCUGCCUGUUCCACAGCAAGCUUCAGAAGGUGCUGGCCGAGGAGCCGGAGCGGCCGGUCUGCGCGCCCCCCGCCCCCCGUGUGCAGAUGCACCACGUGGCUCAGGUGCUCCGGGAGCUGCUGGGGGACUUCACGCAGCCGCUGUACCCCCGGCCCCGGACCGGCGACCGACCGCGGCUCCUGCUUCCCGUGCCGAACAUCAAGCUAAACGUGCAGGGAGUGAGUCUCCGGUCCCUCUACAAGCGUUCACCAGGCCACGUGGCCUUCACCAUGGACCCAGUCCGUGAUCUUCUCAUUUGGGCCAUCAUCCAGAACCGUCGGGAGCUGGCAGAAAUCAUCUGGGCACAGAGCCAGGACUGCAUUGCCGCGGCCUUGGCCUGCAGCAAGAUCCUGAAGGAACUGUCUAAGGAGGAGGAGGACACGGACAGCUUGGAGGAGAUGCUGGCGCUCGCUGACGAGUAUGAACACAGAGCCAUCGGGGUGUUCACCGAGUGCCACCGGAAGGAUGAGGACCGAGCUCAGAAGCUGCUCACCCGCGUGUCGGAGGCCUGGGGCAAGACCACCUGCCUGCAGCUAGCCCUGGAGGCCAAGGACAUGAAGUUCGUGUCUCACGGAGGCGUCCAGGCCUUUCUAACCAAGGUGUGGUGGGGCCAGCUCUGCGUGGACAACGGGCUCUGGCGGGUGAUCGUGUGUAUGCUGGCCUUCCCGUUGCUCUAUACCGGCCUCAUCUCCUUCAGGGAGAGGAGGCUGCAGGCCGGGCCGGGUCUGCCCCGGGUCCGAGCCUUCUUCAAUGCCCCCGUGGUCAUCUUCCACCUCAACAUCCUGUCCUACUUUGCCUUCCUCUGCCUGUUCGCCUACGUGCUCAUGGUGGACUUCCAGCCCACACCCUCGUGCUGCGAGUACCUCAUUUACUUCUGGCUCUUCUCCCUCGUGUGCGAGGAGCUGCGGCAGCUCUUCUGUGACCCUGACGAGUUCGGGCUGAUGAAGAUGGCCCUCCUGUACUUCAGUGACUUCUGGAAUAAACUGGACAUCGGUGCCAUCUUGCUGUUCAUAGCAGGACUGACCUGCAGGCUCAUACCAGCGUUGCUGUACCCCGGGCGCAUCAUCCUCUCUCUGGACUUCAUCAUGUUCUGCCUCCGGCUGAUGCACAUUUUCACCAUCAGUAAGACACUGGGGCCCAAGAUCAUCAUCGUGAAGCGGAUGAUGAAGGACGUCUUCUUCUUCCUCUUCCUGUUGGCGGUGUGGGUGGUGUCUUUCGGGGUGGCCAAGCAGGCCAUCCUCAUCCACAACGAGAGCCGGGUGGACUGGAUCUUCCGGGGGGUCGUCUACCAGUCGUACCUCACCAUCUUCGGCCAGAUGCCGGCCUAUAUCGACGGUGUGAACUUCAGCCUGGACCAGUGCAGCCCCAAUGGCACAGAUCCCUACAAGCCCAAGUGCCCGGAGAGCGAUGCCGUCCGGCACGAGCCUGCCUUCCCCGAGUGGCUGACGGUCAUCCUGCUCUGCCUGUACCUGCUCUUCACCAACAUCCUGCUGCUGAACCUCCUCAUCGCCAUGUUCAACUACACAUUCCAGCAGGUCCAGGAGCACACGGACCAGAUCUGGAAGUUCCAGCGUCACGACCUGAUAGAGGAGUACCAGGGCAGGCCCCCCGCGCCGCCCCCCUUCAUCCUCCUCAGCCACCUGCAUCUCUUCAUCAAGAGGGUGGUCCUGAAGAUCCCCGCCAGGCGGCGCAAGCAGCUCAAGAGCAAGCUGGAGAAGAACGAGGAGGCCGCCCUUCUGUCCUGGGAGAUCUACCUGAAAGAGAGCUACCUGCAGAACCAGCAGUACCAGCAGAAGCAGAGGCCGGAGCAGAAGAUUCAAGACAUUGGCAAUAAGGUCAGCACCAUGGUGGACCUGCUGGAAAUGGAAAGUCUGAAGCGCUCAGGCUCCAUGGAGCAGAGACUGGCCUCCCUGGAGGAGCAGGAGUUUCUUUGCUCUGGGAGGAGCAAGAACCAUGGGGAGCCUCGGUGGGCAGUCACGCACCACCUUCCUGCGGCUCAGGUGGCCCAGACGUCCAGAGCGCUGCACUGGGUCAUGAAGGCCCUGAGGGACGGCGGCUUCGGUUCAGAGGAGGGCAUCCCCGCCCCGGCACCCCAGAAGGCCUCGGAGGGGCAGGACCUCGAGCCGGACGGCAGACAGGAGGAGGAGGACGUGGGCGACACCCACCACGUGAACGCCCGGCACCUCCUGUACCCCAACUCCCACGUCACCCGUUUCCCCGUGCCCAACGAGAAGGUGCCCUGGGAGACGGCGUUUCUCAUCUACGACCCGCCCUUUUACACAGACGACAGGAAGGACAGGGGCUUGGUGGACCCCGUGGGAAACGCCCUGGAGCCUCUGUCCGGGAUCAGCUACAACGCCGUGGACGGACCCAUAGACCGGCGGAGCUUCCACGGGGCCUACGUGGUUCAGGACGGGCUCCCUCUGAACCCCAUGGGCCGCACAGGACUGCGUGGACGUGGAAGCCUCUGUUGCUUUGGACCCAACCACACGCUGCAGCCUGUGAUCACCCGGUGGAGGCGGAACCAGGGUGGAGCCAUCUGCAGGAAAAGCAUAAAGAAAAUGCUCGAAGUGCUGGUCGUAAAGCACUCCCUCUCAGAACACUGGGCCUUGCCAGGGGGCUCCCGGGAACCAGGAGACAUACUGCCCCGGAAGCUGAAGCAGGUCCUCCGUAGAGAGUUCUGGUCUUCCUUCCAGAACUUGCUGACGCAGGGCACAGAGGUAUACAGAGGGUACGUGGACGACCCAAGGAACACGGACAACGCCUGGAUUGAGACCGUGGCCGUCAGCAUCCACUUCUCAGACCAGAGUGACAUGGACCUGAAGAGGCUGAAUUCUCACCUGCAUGCCUGUGACCCCGGGAUGUCCGUCCGAUGGCAGGUCGUGGACAGGCGCAUCCCGCUGUAUGCCAACCACAAGACCAUCCUCCAGAAGGUGGCCACUCUGUAUGGGGCUUUCUACUGACCCGUGGACUCUGGCCGGGCCCCGAUGCCCGGGGCGGGUGAGGCUGGUCUACCCACAGCCCCCUUGGAAGCUCGGCUGCCAGGGACUCAGGCCGAGGCCGGCCACCCAAGGCACGGGCCGCCCUGGGCCUCGGAUGGGCAAGGGGCUGCUGCUGGGACACCUCGCGGUGUGGUCUGGGAAUCUGCUGCUUCUCACAGCCACCUCGAGUCACUGAGCAGGCGAGCCUGUGAGUUGGAGGGCGUCAGGGCGCCCUAAGAGGAGAGCCGAGGCAGGGCACGGGCCGGCUCUGGUCACACGGCCAUUCCUCACGGCCGGCGUGGCUCCUGGGAUCCCGCCAGCCAUGGCUGCCCCUGGCGGCCUCAGCCCUCAGCCCAAGUGACUCCCUCCUGGUCAUGUCGUGAGCAGCUCGCCCACCACCAGAUGUGCAUUGGCCCAAGGCCCGCAUUUCCUGCACAGUUGGGACUGUGGCCUUGUCCUGGAGCCCACACCCCAGAGGUGGCACCCACCGUGACUUCACUCGGACCCUCACCUGCCCUGGGGUGGGGCCCCGUGGGAGCCUCAGUUCACUGCCUUGGCCUCUCAGGGCUGAGCCCCUUUGAGGGGCAAGAGCCAGGCGAGCACAUGCCUUCUCUGGGGGUCAAAGUGUGUCUGCCUCUGUGCUGUCCUGGGGAUCUGGGCAGGGGCUCUCCACGCACAGCGCUCCCUGUGAGCCCAGGGCGGGGCAGGCGGUGGGCCUAGAUGGUGGGGGCGCCGCUCUGCUCAGUGUCCAUGACUCACAAGCCAUCAGCAUAAACCGCCAACAGUCAUCAGGGCCAGGAUAUCGUAAAACCCAACAUUAAAUCUGUUGCCCGUACCAGCCCGGCCAGCCUCUCUGUCUUCCCUACAGACGAAGUUACAGACAUGGGCAGUGGUCAGGGGGCUGUGUCUGGGCCAUUGAGACCUCUUCCGGCCCGCGGCCCAGCUGCCUGUGGCCCGAGGGCGUCUCCCGUGGCCAUCUCCCCCCGGGUUCCUCCCCUUGGACACCCUGCAGGCUCCUCGGGCCCAGACCAGUCCACCCCCACCGGCCCCCCGUUUUUCAUCCUCCUGGACCCGCCUCCAGCAUGGCCCCCGGUGCCCAGGCUGGGACUCGGCAAGGCCACGCCCUGUCCGUGGCUGCCCACGCCCAGGUGUGGGGGGGCCUUGGUUUUUUAUCUAGACUCCCAACUAGCAUCCAACUGGCAGCACCGAAUAAAAACAUUUUAGAAUGGAAA